CACUCCGAUUCCUUAGUCAUCAAACCCGCCCUUACAGUCUUAUCCAUCGCGGCCUCGCCGUCCAGCAGCUAGCUACGACCUAGCUCUGGGCCUCUGGCUCUGUGCCUCGCCCGAGCUGCAGCUCCACUCUCCGGUGCACCAUGGCCGUCCUGACGAAGGUGCUUCUCCGUCUCUUCUUCACCACUGGUGGCCUCAUCGUCUUCCUGUUGUUUCCCGCGUCCUGCCUUGCUCGUCCUCCUCAUUCCAGCAGCAACUACAACUACAACUACUACUGCGACUGGUGCCCUCGCCGUUCCACCGCCUCCCCCGACCUCGACGCGUCGUUGCUGCGUUCUUGUGGAACUAGUAGAGACGGCGACGACGGUGGCUUCGACUGCGGGUACGGGGCUGCGGAGCAGCUGGACGGAGGUGGAGCUCCCCACGUCGCCGCCGCGGGCGCCGACUCCUUCCGCGCCGGUGCCGGCUGCGGCGCCUGCUACCAGUUGAGGUGCAGAGACCGGAGGGUGUGCGGCGCCGGCGCCGUCAAGGUCGUCGUGGUAGCCGGCUUGGCCAACCGGACGGGGUUCGUGCUCACCCGAGAGGCUUUCGCUGCGAUGAUGGCCAGGCCGCGCGUUUCGUCCGAUGACCAACUGCUGCCCGGCUUGGGUGGCAAUAUGGUUGAGGUCGACUUCAGGAGAAUACCUUGCGAGUACAAGAACAGGAACCUGUCUGUACGCAUCGACGAGGAAGGGAGCCGGCACCCGGCGCACCUGGCCAUCACCUUCCUGUACCAGGGCGGGCAGACGGACAUCGCGGCCGUCGAGCUCUCGCACGCGCACGCGCAGCCGCCGUCGUGGCGGCCCAUGGCGCCCUUGCGCAGGCGCGGCAUCGUGACGUGGCGCACCUCAAGCGCGCCGGCCGGGCCGCUGCAGCUCCGCCUCGUCGUCACGGCCGGCGUCGGCGGCAAGUGGCUGCGGGCCGGCGGGGACGUGCUGCCGGCUGACUGGCGACCUGGGCAGGUGCACGACACGGGGCUCCGGGUCCGCGACGUCGCCCUGAGCUCCUGCGCCCGCUCCUGCCGCGGCGCCGCUACAGCCGGCGCCAGCGAGGAGCUCAGGUAG